AUGGGUGCACUGCUGUCGAUACCUCUCGUGGGCGUCGGUGGUUCUCUUCUGACUUCAGCAAUUACCGGUCUAACCUUUUGCUGCGCUUCGACAGCAGCUUCGUCCUUGUUCAAAUCAUGCAACUGCCAAUCGAGCAUCGCGACCAGGAUCGCGUUCGCCCUCAUCUUCACUUUGGAUGCUGUUUUGGCUUGGAUCAGUUUGAACGGCUUGAUCGUCAAGAAGAUCGAGGAUUGGAGUGGAGGGUACUUGCGCAUGGAUUGCUCGGCUGACAGGGAUCGAUGCUACGGCGUAUUGGCUGUGAGUGCUUCUCGGGGGGUCCUGCAGCGCUGAACGUUCAAGAUGGGUUUUGCGGGGUCCUGCGACAGCUAUGGUAUACUGGUGAACCGUCGUCAUGGCAGUGAUCGUGCGCUAACCUUUGAAAUACCUGAUUGUGCGACACCUUAUCUGCGCUCAGGUGCAUCGCAUCACUUUUGCCCUCUCGCUCUUUCACUGCAUUCUUGGCUUGCUACUGAUCGGCGUCAACGACACGCGCAACAAGAGAGCCGCCAUCCAGAACGGGUCAGUACAGACAGCGACGUCUGCUGUAUUCUCUUGACUAGCCACUGAUCGCGCUGCCCUGGUCCUCUGCUUCGGUAUCUCAGCUGGUGGGGUCCAAAGGUACUGCUUUGGCUCUCUUUGAUUGGUCUCACCUUCCUCAUUCCCAACGGCUUCUUCAUCAUCUGGGCCAACUACUUUGCCCUCAUUCUCUCCUUCGUCUUCAUCCUGCUCGGACUUGUGCUGCUGAUUGACUUUGCUCACACCUGGUCAGAGACGUGUCUGGACAAGUGGGAGACGACGCAGGCUCCAUUUUGGAAGUACACCUUGAUUGGCAGCACGUUGGGCAUGUACGUCGCAGUGCUGGUCAUGACGGGCAUCCUGUACGGCUACUUCACUGGUAGCGGUUGUGGGCUUAACAUCACCUUCAUCACCCUCAACCUCUUCGGUAUCAUUGUCCUCACGGCACUUUGCGUCUCGCCGGCAGUUCAAGAAGCCAAUCCAAGGUCUGGCUUGGCACAAAGCAGUAUAGUGGCGGCAUACACCACCUACCUGAUUUCCUCCGCAGUCAUGAACCACGACGAUGCACACUGCAACCCCAUCACAAGAGGCCGCUCGAUUGGGCCUGCCAAGCCGAUGACGGUCGCGCUGGGAGCGCUCUUCACCUUCCUGGCUAUCGCUUACAGCACCUCUCGAGCAGCCACCCAGUCCAAGGCGCUCGUCGGCGCACGAAAAGCCAAGGCGAACCGCAACGCCCCUCCGAGCGGAUACGGUCCAUUGGCAACGACCGACCCAGAAGCUGCGAGCGGUGGCACAGACGCCAUUACUUCGCAGCCCGCUCGCAAAGACGAUUUGAAGAUUCAAGCACUUCGCGCUGCUGUCGAGGCUGGAAGCUUGCCCGCUAGCGCUCUGGAGGAUAGCGAUGACGAGGAUGAUGACGACUACGGAGAUGGAGGCUUAUCCAGCGGAGACAACGACGACGAGAAGAAUGGAACGCGGUACUCCUACGCCUUCUUUCACUUCAUUUUUGCUAUCGCUGCAUGCUAUGUGGCCAUGCUGUUGACUGAUUGGUGAGCACUCAGGUCGCUGGAGCGCGCAUGCGAGGCCCACGCGCCGCUUACUUAGUGACUUCAUUUGGUACCACAGGCGCAUCGUCAAGGUUGGAGGGCCCUCAGCUGAUCCUUCUGAAGACGGAGCUCCCGUCGUGUGGAUUGGCCGAUCGCCCACAGCCAUGUGGAUGCGAGUAGUCAGCUCUUGGCUAUGCUCCGUGCUUUACGCCUGGAGUCUCAUUGCGCCAGUCCUGAGUGAGUGAGGGUGCAACGUCCAGAGCUUUGCAUACAUCCAUGCUAACAAGUGUCCCUGCUUAUGCAUGUGUUCAGUGCCUGAGCGCUUCGGCUCCGACUAA